AUGCACUCACGAUUACCAAACGCACCGGCGAGCUAUUUGCCAACAAAGAAGUCACAACGGGCUAGCGAGGCUCGAAUAGCAAAGAUCAAUGAGCUUUACGAAAGUAUCAAGAAGAAACAUCAAGAUUCAGUGGUUUCAAACAACUCUACAUCAGUGGCCUCGGAUGAACAGGAAGCGGACAACUGUAUUCAGGUAAAUGGUUUGGAUUACAGACUGCCGAGCGUCAGCCAUACGGAAGAACCAAGUGUUACUGUUAAAGAGGAAGACGCAAUGAACGUAUUUCGCCUUAACCAAACACCAACGCCACCAGAACGGCUGCAAAGACUAGGUUCUGAGAAUAACCAUAGAGCUUUCGAAGAGGAAGAUGAUGAGGACGACUACGAAGCGGAGUUAAGGUUUACACCAAAGUUCAAGUCGCGAAGAAGUCUCAUUACAAUGAAACAGUCCUCUAGCUUACAAAAAAAAGUUCAUCCUGUAGUUCCUAACAAGGUGCGAAGACCGAGUCGAGUCUCUUCAUUACGCAAGGCACUUGGCGAUCCGCUACCACUGCCAUACGUUGGAAAGCGGAAACUCUCCAAUGGCAUAGAUCCAGGUUUGGGAUUCAACAAUUCACUAACUGAUGGGACAAUUAAUAAGAAUAGACAGAUGAUGGAAAGAAAAUGGAAAAAGCUAAUAUCUCAGGACAGAGAUUUAAUUGAGAAACGAUUCGCAGAGAUACGUCAACGAUCUUCACAAAACAAUCCGGACAUUUCUUUCAAUGACGCUUUACCGCCGCCUGUUUCUGUAUCUACCGCAGGCCAACAAAAUGUGAACAGCUUAUCAGAGUUGAAUAAAGAAAUCAUCGCUAACAGGGAGAAGCUAGACCACAUCAUUGGUCUUUUAUCACACCAACAGAAUGUAGCCACAAGGACAAUCAAACUCCAAAGACCCUCACGAGAAGUCCAGCACUGGACGAUUUGUAUUAUUGUACUGAUUAUCUGUAAUCUAUACGUGUAUUAUUAUCUCUGA